GGCCGGUCAGCAGUAAGCAGAAUAGACGAGCCGCGCGCGGAGGACGGAGAAGAAGACUGAACUGAACCUCCAGGUGCGAACAUCAUGGAAACGGUCAACCGGCGGCACUGGUACGACCUGAGGUUUUUCAUAUUCAUACAAUGUCUCCAGGCUGGAGCUUUAGUUGACUCCUCUUCGCUUUCCUCCGCCACGCAGCAGCUGUCCAUCACCUAUAUGGCAGGAGAGGAGGCGAUCCUUCCCUGCAGCUGGAAGUCACGCCUGGGCGAGGUGGCGCUGCCAACCUGCCACAUCCAGUGGGUGACCCCCAUGGACACGGUUUUCGAACAGUGGGGGGAGAAGAAGUGGCAGGCGCCGGAGUUCAAGGGCCGGGUGAGGGUCCCCGAGGAGAAGCUGGGGUCGGGGAAUUGUUCUCUGAUCAUCAGCGACGUUCAGAUUGGAGACGCAGGGAGAUACGACAGCUUCAUGGUGGUGGAGGGAGCGAGGUCCAAAACCACGCGGGUCUUCAUCCAGGGCGUCAGCCUGUUUGUGAACGACCAUAAAUCCUAUCAGUCACAUCGGCCAGGUGAGGACAUGGUUCUGCAGCUCCACACCCGUCACUCAGUGCGAGUGGUCUUCCAGGGCAGAAACAGCUCGGAAUGGUCGGACAUGUGGAUGAGGGGGGACAACAACAGUCAGCGUCUGGAGAAACAUCUGCUGCUUGAGCAGCUGACGGUGAAGAGAUUAAAACCAUCAGAUGAAGGAAUAUACAAAGUCCUGGAUGAAGAGGGCCUCUCCAUCAGCACUGUGCAGCUCACUGUGGAAGAACGAUCCACAUCUCACAGAGUCCAGGAGAGGCUGGAAAAUGUUCCAACAGGUGUUGCUGCCAAACGCAGCAGCUCAGCUCUUCACACAAUGUUGGUUCUUCUCCUGAGUUUCCGAACACUUAAUUUUCUCUGAGUUUCCUCUGUAUGAACAUUGCACACACAUGAAUCUUGCACAUUAUAGCCAGCAGAUGGUGAAAGUUUGUGAGCUGUAAAUUUAAACUGAGCCGCAUGCGUGUGUGUGUGUGUGCGCACGCAGUGCAGGGGUUCUCAGACUGAGACCAUGAGUGUGACAAGAAAAGGUGUGUGUUUGAUGUGUGCGUUUUUCUUGUGGUCCUACGUCAUGUGGUGCUUGUAACCUGGCACUGACUUUGGGAGCUCCUGUUCCAGCGUAAAGACGCACUCUCAGAUCGGAGCGUGAAAAAGGACGUUUUUGGUCUUCUUCUCAUAAAGUCAUAGAGUAAUAAAGUUUAGUGUUGAUGACCACUACAAGUUCAGUUCUAAACCUCCUCUCUACAUGUCCCAUUCUUUUUAAAAAAAAAUUAUACAUUUAUGGUUAAUAAAUCAUUUACUGACACUGUAAUUAAUGAGAACAACCUUUUGGGUUCCCCCAUUUUGGGAAAUGACUCCUUACUUCAUUAUGGACACCCCUACAAUGGCCUGUUUGGUCACUUCUGCUCUGCAGAAGCGCUGCAGGACAUCUGGACCAAACCCACACAACAUGGACACGACUGCUGAUACAGAGAGACACGAAUCUUAACAGUUUGAACUCGUUUUUCAAGCAGAAGUGAAAAAAUUCAGCAAAUUUACUCUUUCUGCUCAUCUCUGUCACUUCUUCAAAAUAAAGAUAAUGAUAAAAAUAAUGAUAAUGAUAAAAAUAAUGAUAAUAUCCUGCAGCUGCUUUGUGUGGUAGAUUUAAAUAGUCGAGCUUCUUUUGCCUCUUAGUUGAAUGUAAUCAAAUAAUGAUGGAGUGCUGUUUUACUUUCUGAUGUCACAUGAUGCUUUAAAAUGACAGCUGGUGUUUUUUCAUUCCUUGAACAUUAGAGGGGAUGAAACAGUGCCGCAUACGUACAACACAGAACAGCGUUUGCUUCAACACUGAAUAAAAACUAUUAGAACUUCUGAAGUUAUUUUGAGGUCAAAAUGUGAUCUUAGGUUCUCUGAAAUUAAUAAUUCCCACUUUGGAAAACAUAUAAAUCUGAAAUCUAUGACUGUUUUGCAUAUUGUUGUUAUUUAUAUCUCUGAAAAAAUCUCAGACAAAAUGUAUGUAAUAUUUAAUUUUUCUCUUUUUUUCCCCCAUUUCUGACCACAUUUACAACUCAGUGAAUCAAAGACUGAAUGUUUGGGGAAAUUUAAACUCAUCUCUGUAAUCUGCAGAAAACUUUUGCUGCUUUUUGUGGUGAAAUUGAUUGUUCGGGAAUUCUUUACAGCUUUCCAGAUUUAACUGUUCGCUUAAAAAAUUAUUUUUAUGCUUUUGGUUCCAAGAGCUUUCGGACAAACUUCCUAAAUCAUGAGAAUAAUCAGUUCUAAUACAUAAAAAUAAACCAAGCAAACA